AACCGUUUUAAAGACAAAUUAUACAUUCCUGGCAGGAUUUAGCUAAAUAAUUGAUUUAUAACUUUUUUGUACUUGUAAAAAAAAUUUUUACAUUUGUUGAUAUUGACAGGACCGAUUUUGUUUUCGUUCCACACACGCUUGUUUCUGGGGAAGUAUUUUGCAGCUGAGCCUUGUGAAAGCGUGACAUUUAACGCCGUAGAUAAUGUUGUUUUGUAGGACAUUUUAAUUCUUCAGGCUGACAUUGCUUAGUCUUACUUUCACUGCGAUGUUGCUUUACAGUAGUUCGUCUAAAGCGCAGGGUGAUUCCGGGGGGGAAACUUGGACGUUAAACGGAUAUUAAAACUCUGCGUUACAGCCUCCUGGACAUGUUAGGAAGAAUGAUUUGGGGAAGGUAUUUAUUAACUGCUGGGCUCCGGUGCUGCAGGUGUGGAGUGAGCUGUCAUGUAAGAAGACGCUACAGCUUUCUUUCAGAUGAUGUCAAAUCAUUGCGGGCGGUGGUCAAUCCUGAUAUAUCCAAGAUCCGCAACAUCGGCAUUAUGGCCCACAUUGAUGCAGGAAAAACAACAACCACAGAAAGGAUGCUUUAUUACUCUGGUUAUACCAGAGCACUAGGAGAUGUGGACGAUGGGGAUACAGUCACAGAUUUCAUGACUCAAGAGAGGGAGCGUGGCAUCACCAUACAGUCUGCAGCAGUCACAUUUGAUUGGAAAAGUUAUAGAAUAAACCUUAUAGACACCCCAGGACAUGUUGACUUCACUCUCGAGGUAGAGCGGGCCCUUCGUGUUCUUGAUGGAGCUGUUGCCGUGUUUGAUGCGUCUGCCGGUGUUGAGGCUCAAACUCUGACUGUGUGGAGACAAGCAGAGAAGCACCACAUUCCCUGCAUUUGUUUCCUAAAUAAGAUGGAUAAACCGGCGGCAAACCUUAGUUUUUCUAUAGAGAGCAUAAGACAGAAGUUGAAAGCCAAUCCAGUCCUACUGCAGAUUCCUGUUGGCAGUGGCAAAAACUUCUCAGGUGUUGUGGACUUGUUAACUAACCAGAAGCUGCUAUGGGAACAAGGAUCUUUGGGAGAUGAUGGCCGAAUGUUUAAAAGCAAACCUCUUGACAAGUCGGAUGAGCCCGAACUCCUGCAGGAGGUCAGCGAGGCCAGGACAGCUUUAAUUGAACAGGUUGCUGAUCUGGAUGAUGAGUUUGCUGAACUGCUGCUGACUGAUUUUAGUGACAAUUUUGAUGCCAUUCCCUCUGUCAGACUACAGGAGGCUGUGCGGCGGGUGACUCUGGCUCGUAAAGGCGUCCCGGUUCUCUGUGGGAGCUCUUUGAGAAACAAAGGUGUUCAGCCUCUUUUAGAUGCCAUCACGGCCUACCUGCCUGCUCCCUCUGAACGGCACCACGACCUGGUGCGGUGGUACAAGGACGACUUGUGUGCUCUGGCCUUCAAGGUUGUCCAUGACAAGCAGCGUGGUCCUCUGGUAUUUCUUAGGAUUUACUCCGGUGUUCUGAAAUCACAGACUGCUGUGCACAACAUCAACAGGAACAGCAUUGAGCGGAUGAGCAGGCUGCUGGUGCCGUUUGCUGAUCAGCAUGUAGAAAUCCCCUCGAUGACUGCAGGAAACAUUGCUCUGACUGUAGGACUGAAGCAGACGGUCACAGGGGACACCAUCGUUUCAUCAAAGGCCUCGGCAGCAGCCGCAGCCCGCAGGGCCCAAAGUGACGACAGGGCGGGAAAGAAUCAUGGGGAGUUUGCCAGCGUGAUUCUUUCGGGUGUGGAGGUCCCUGAUCCAGUCUUCUUCUGCACCAUAGAGCCACCCUCCUUGGCCAAGCAGGCCGAUCUUGAGAAUGCACUCACCUGCCUCCAGAGGGAAGACCCCAGUCUUAAAGUCAGGGUUGAUCCUGAUUCUGGCCAGACCAUUUUGUGUGGGAUGGGAGAGCUGCAUAUCGAGAUUAUCCAUGAUCGAAUCAAAAGAGAAUAUGGCAUUGAGACUCACCUUGGACCUCUGCAGGUGGCUUACAGGGAGACAAUUCUCCAUGAAGCCUCUGCUACAGAUACACUUGACCGUACUGUUGGAGCGAGUCGACAUGUUGUGACAGUAGAGUUGGCCAUCAGGCCUCGGGACGUCUUCUCUGCGGGUGGUUUGUGUGACGUCGAUUUCUCAGAAAAGUGCAAGGGGCAUGUUUCACCAGAAAUGAAGGAGGCCGUGGAAAACGGUGUACAAAGCUCAUAUCUUCAAGGUCCAGUGCUAGGUUAUCCUUUACUGGGUGUGUCCACACUGAUCCAAAGUGUCAACAUGGGACAAGGAACAUCUCCUGCCAUGGUAUCCGCCUGCGUGUCCCGCUGUAUGCUAAAGGCCCUGAAGCUAGCAGGAGGUCAAGUUCUGGAGCCACUAAUGUCACUGGAGGUGACAGUUGGGGAGGAGCACCUGAGCUCCGUGCUGGGGGACUUGGCUCAAAGGCGAGGGACCAUCCGAGACAUCCAGAGUCGUCACGACAACAAGGUGCUGCUCGCAAAUGUGCCCCUGGCUGAGAUGAUGGGCUAUUCCACCAUCCUUCGAACACUGACAUCUGGCAAUGCCACCUUCUCCCUGGAACUGGACACCUAUGAAGCCAUGAACCCCCAGGACCAGAAUGCCCUCAUUAAAAGAAUGUCUGGUCUGCUGUGAUUCACAGUGUGCAGCUGUUCAGCAAUGGGACCAAUGGCCUUCCGAGACAGAGGUGUGGCUAAUACCAAAAAAGACAUUUCUACGACUUACAGUAAAGACAAAUACAGUAAAAUGCUGUUAUAGCAUGAAUACUCACUGCACCAUGUUCUUAGUUGGAGGCAAAAUAAAGUAUUUAAUUAUCUUUUA